UUAACACCACAUGACCGAGAGCUGACGAGAAGAUGAACGAAUACGGUUUCAACGUCGAUUCUGGCUACUUGGAAGGGCUAGCACGCGGCUUCAAAGCGGGAAUCCUCACGCAGCCCGACUACAUGAACCUUACACAGUGUGAAACUCUAGAAGACAUCAAGCUUCACUUGCAGAGUACGAGCUACGGCAAUUUUCUACAGAACGAGCCUUCGCCUCUCGGCGUGUCGACAGUCGACGACAAGAUGAAGGAGCUGCUCGUCGUCGAAUUUCGUUACAUGCGCAGCCAUUCGGUGCCGCCUCUCGCCACAUUUCUCGACUACAUGACGUACAGCUACAUGAUUGACAACAUCGUGUUGCUCAUUUCCGGCACGUUGCACGGGCGUCCGGUCAGCGAGCUGAUAGCCAACUGUCACCCGCUUGGAAGCUUCGAGCAGAUGGAGUCCGUGUGUAUUGCCACGACGCCGGCCGAUCUCUACAAUGCGGUGCUGAUCGACACGCCACUCGCACCCUUUUUUCAGGAGUGUAUCUCACAGCAAGAUCUAGACGAGAUGAAGAUCGAGAUCAUACGGAAUACGUUGUACAAGGCCUAUCUGGAGGAUUUCUAUAAGUUUUGUAAAGAGCAGGGCGGAGCUACUGAAGAUGUUAUGUGUGGCAUACUCGAGUUUGAAGCCGAUCGUCGAGCAAUAAUCAUCACCAUCAACUCGUUCGGCACCGAGCUAGGUAAAGACGACCGUGCCAAACUCUAUCCAAGAUGUGGCAAACUCCAUCCAGCCGGACUUGCAAGACUAGCCAAAGCCGACGAUUAUGAUCAAGUUCGAACCGCUGCUGAGAUGUUUGCAGACUACAGACCGCUGUUUGAUGGAAUAGGCACGAAUCCCGGGGAUAAGACCCUUGAGGACAAGUUCUUUGAGCGAGAGGUUCAACUGAAUGUCCAUUCAUUCAUGCAACAGUUUCAGUUCGGGGUGUUCUAUUCCUACCUGAAAUUGAAGGAGCAAGAGCAUCGGAAUAUCGUGUGGAUAUCAGAAUGCGUGUCUCAACGUAAUCGCUCAAAGAUCAAUAACUACGUUCCUAUUUUUUGAGAGGAACGAUAACUGCCAUGUGUACGUUGUACAGAUAUGUUUGUUAGUCUUACAAUCAAUUAUGAAAUGAAUUAUUUGGAGUUAAAUACUGAUAAAGGAG